AUGCGUAAAUACGCUUAUGAAAUUAUUGUACAAUACGCGUUGAAAGAAAUCACUGUUUAGAUAUUAUUUAUUUAUAAUAGUGUUAAUUGUGAAACAACCAGGGCUCGCAGCCUCAUUUUAAUUAGUUUAACGAAAUAAUUGAAAUUGUCUACAGUCCUUGCACUCAAAUCGAUGAGUUUGCCACCAGCAUUAUUGCAGCGUUUAGCUCAACGCGGACUCGUAAAUAAGUCGAAAACAAAAGAAGCAGAUCCUCCAUUGAGCGUCCCAGCUGAAAAUGAAGAAGUUAUCGCUGAAGAUUACGAUGAAAUGGACGUUAGUGAAGACAAUCAUGCCGGUGCGCAUGAGGAAUAUCAAUACCCCCCACUUUACGAUACGGAGACCGGAAAUAAACGAGUUGAGGAAAACUUCUGGCUAGAACGCAUGAAGGAACGUAUGGGUGAAGCUAGCUCCACCACUGGACAUCGUGGUUGCCCCAAUAAAUACAAUAUAUGGCAUAAGUGUACAUUGUUUUGUGUAAAUCGUUGGGGUGAUGGCAAAGUCGAACCAAGUCGCGAAUAUAUGCGCCGAUAUAAACGUUUACGUCGCAAAUAUCCACUACCCAAAGGUUGGACUGAACGUUACGAUCCCGGCUGUGCUAGUUAUUAUUUCUACAGCGUUGCUGAAAAUUUAGUUUCUUGGCUACCACCAACACAUCCCAAAUCACAAGUUACAAAAAGUGCCGCUGUUUUUCGGCGCCAAUUAGAAGAAGCCGCUGGUGGUGAAGGUGGCGGCGGCAGUGAUGGUGAACAACAACCAGACGACAGUGAUGACGGACAGGAAACUGAAUUAGAAAGACAUCAACGUGAAAUAGAUGAAAUAAUAAAUUCAUCAAUGCGACCACGUUCACCGGCAGUGCCAAAGAACGAUUUUCCCAGUCUAAAAGAGAGUACAGUGGCUGUUAAUAGUAAUGCUACAGCACAACGCAAACCAAAAUCACGGGAUUUGGAUCGCACACUGGCAAAUAAACAAAGACGUGAUCGUGAUAAAGAACGGGAACAUGGAAAUAGUCGCAGACAUCGAGGACGAAGCGAUGCGGAACCAGCAGAUCCCAUGGAUCCCAGCUCAUACUCUGAUAUACCGCGUGGCAAGUGGUCCGAUGGCUUAACUACAGGUGGUAGUGAUGAGCAGAGGAAGACAAAAAGUGCUGGCAAUGUUAGCAAGGAUACCGAAAGAGAACGAGAAAAGCAUGUUGAAACGAGACGUGACAGUGAUGAUGAUUAAAAAAAA